AUGAAGGGACAAGCUGCUUUUCAUGAAGCAUUUGGAAAGGUUUCUGAGCUGAGAUCAAUUAUAGAAGAUGGAACACCAGUUCUUGGGUUGACAGCCACAGCAAACCCAGAAAUGAGAGGCCGCCUUAUGAAGUAUCUUUGCAUGAAGAGUGGAACAGCACAAAUUGUUGUGAGUCCAAAUAGGAAUAACAUUCGAUUCUCUGUGUUUAAAGCAGAUGCACAAUUGUCUUGCUUUGAAUGGAUUGUUUCAAUGAUUCAAGAAAAAAAAGAAGAAACUCCAUAUACCAUAAUUUCUUGUAAGACAGUCAAUGACAUUGUAUUGGUUCUUAACUUCUUUCUCAGCCAACUUGGACAAUCAGUAUAUGUUGAUGGCAGUGAACCUCCUCAGGAAAGAUCUCUGCUUGGAGUAUAUUAUUCUCAAACCCCCAAGAAUGCCAAGGACAAAAUAACAUCAUCAUUUGAAUGUAUUAAAGGCAACAUUUGA